CACGUGCCCUGCUUCCCGCUAGGGAGGGGAGUGGAGAGUGGAGACUGGACGACACUAUAUCAAGAGCACUAUGUAACCAAUAAAUACCUAUAUUGACAAUUAUUAGCCAUCCGUAAUUAUCCGCAUGCGCACAUCGUGUAAAAAGAGCGGGACAGUGGAGUGUUUGUUUAAUGCUGUCUGGCAACGUAAGGGAGCAAAGUUAAUAUUAGAAUUAAUGGAAUUAGGGAUGUUAUAUAUGUGUAUUUGGUUAUGGUAACUGAUAAAUCCUUGUAUUUCUUAUUUAUAUGAAUAUUGUAACUAUUAGUUUAUCAACAAUAGUUUUAAGAAACAUGACCAAUUCGAAGAGUGUCGUUGACGCAUCUUUUGGAGUAGAAGAAACAUUUACAAAAUGUGAUGUUAAAAAACAAAAUACAAAUAGUAAUAGCGAUGUGGAUCAUAAAGAAAAUUUGAAAACUCAAAUAAACAUAGCAAUCAAACAAGAUUCAAAAAAAUUCUUUUGGAAGUCUCAUUUACAGAAGCCAAUAGAAAUUAAACAGGAAGUAGAUAAUAAAAAACAAAGAGUAACUAGAAAUACAUCCAAAACAUUAAAUAAAUCUUCAUGUUUUACUGAGUCCUCAAUGAAAUAUGACAAAUGCAAUAAAAAAAAUAAAAGUAGGGUGAACAAAGAACAUGUAGUUUCACCAAAUCAUAGCAUUACAGAAUAUUUUUCAAGUUUAGAUUUAAAAGAAUCUGUGAAAGAUAUCGAUGAAAAAUCUAAGAAAAUUGAGCCGAAUAAAGACAAUUUGAACAGCCAUUCAUCACUUUCUAGUAUAGAAAGUACAAAAAAUUCUUUAUCACAAGCCAAAAGGUCAAAUUUAAGGAAUCAUAAACUUACUGAAUAUUUUGCAAUACGCAGAAGUGAUCGAAAAUUAAAAAAAGACACUGACAUUGAAAAGCAAAAUGACUUAGAAAAAAAAAUCAUGAAUGAAGUAGAAGAUGGAUUAGAGAUAAAAGAAUUUAAUGAAAAAGGACGUGGGAUUAUAACAACAAAAGAGUUUUAUAAAGGUGACUUUGUUAUUGAAUAUAUUGGUGACCUGAUUGAUGGAAUUACAGCCAAACAGCGAGAAGCACAAUAUGCCAAACGUAAAAAUGUUGGAUGCUAUAUGUACUAUUUCAAACACAAGGAUCGGCAAUACUGCAUUGAUGCCACAAAAGAGUCAGGAAAAUUAGGCAGACUCAUCAAUCAUUCACGUAAAGGCAAUUUAACAUCACGGAUUAUUGAAGUCAAUGGGAUACCCCAUCUUAUUUUGUUUGCCAAAGCUGACAUAUCACCUGGCACAGAACUUUUAUAUGACUAUGGAGAUAGAAACCAAGAAUCAAUUAAAAAUCAUCCAUGGUUAAAUUUGUGAAUAUCACUCUGAAACGUAAUUUAAAAAAUUAGCUAUAAUUGUAAUUUAACUUUGAAUUUUGGUAUAUCUUCGUACAUUGUUCUGCAGAACUGCCAUAUCUUUGAUAAAUCUAGUAAUUCAAGAAACAUUAAAAACUAUUGUAAAUAAAAUUACUUUAGAUGUGUAUACCAUCGUCAAGGGUAUAAAUGCUUCAUCAAAGGUGGUAUUUGACAUUUCCAGUAUAAUAAUUCGAGAACCUUGUCAUAACGAACCACAUGGUUAUUUAUCAAACCAAACUUGAUUAGUAACAAAUAGAACUUUUUUGGAUCCAAAUUAAUAUUAACUUUUCUCAAAACUUGCAUAAACUCAUCCCAAUUCAUAGUUUUUCUCUGAUAAAUGUUUGAUGCAAUAAAUGUGUAUGUAAGUAAUGGAACGAGUGAUCUUUACCUUGUUAAUACAGCUCAAAUGACAUUUCAGUGUAAACAGACUCUGUUCGAAAUUACGUUUUUUUAAUUGCAAUCGAAUCUUGUUUAAAUAACUCAUACAUGCUUUUACUUCUUGUUUUUGAGUAUUAACUGGAGCUUCAGAAAGUGCUUCAUAAAUAUUUAGGUCAUUUAAAAUUGAUACUGUAGUAUUGCAUUCUUCAUGAGAAUUUGAGUAUUUCAGAAUGUUAACAUUAUUGAAAUGAGAAUACUCAUUUGUUGAGUAAAUUAAUUUUUUUAUUUUAUUUCCAUUUUUAUCAGCAUUAAUAAAUUUUCCAAAUGAUUGGCCAGUAUGGUGUGUGAGCCUAUCAUAUAGUAAAAAUAGCUAUUGGUAUUGGCUUUAGUCAAUUAUAAGAAUAUACUUGCAUUUGAGAAUUUUUUUUAUUAUCUUUGUUGUAUUUUUCAAAACUAUGUACAUUUCCUGGAUAAAUAACGUCUUUAAUGGGGUAUGCUGAAAAAUAAAAUUUCAAAAUCAAUCAGAUCCAACUGUUAUAUAUUUAUUUAUUUAGGUCAAGAAAAACUGAUUGCUGGACUUUAAAAAAUGUUAUUCUUAUAAAUAUUUACAUGUACUAAUUAAAUACUUACAAAUUUUUGAAGUCAUUUCGAAAGAAAUAAAGUCACCCAUU